AUGUUCAAGAUUUCGUGGAAUCAGCCCAAAUGUAUUCUGAUGACCUGGGACGAAAUGAUGCCAGUGGACGGGCAUCAAUGUAACACGCGUCAUUCUGGCAAGAAUCAGUUUCAAGCUGCCCUUUUGUGGGAGGGAGACAGUACUGUCCUCUUCACCAACUACGAGGAUAUUCAGAUGCCCUUGGACUGCGUUUCCAAAAGAUAUGCCAUGGUAAGAGUCGGAAAAAUAUGUCAUUAG